AGGGGGAAGUUUGGUGGUUGUUGCCUGGGGCCGUGAGGGGAAGAGGAGGCGUGCGGGGAGAGCUGCCCCCCCCCACCGGCCGUUGCUAUGGGCAACCGAGGAAUGGAGGAGCUGAUUCCGUUGGUGAACAAACUGCAGGACGCCUUCAGCUCGAUCGGGCAGAGCUGCCACCUCGACCUGCCGCAAAUCGCUGUGGUGGGCGGUCAGAGCGCGGGGAAAAGCUCCGUCCUCGAGAACUUCGUCGGCCGAGAUUUCUUGCCUCGCGGCUCUGGAAUUGUUACCAGACGACCCCUCAUCCUUCAGCUUAUCUUCUCUAAAACAGAAUAUGCAGAAUUUUUGCACUGCAAGUCCAAGAAGUUUACAGAUUUUGAUGAAGUCCGGCAAGAGAUUGAAGCGGAGACAGAAAGGGCCACAGGGACAAAUAAAGGCAUCUCUCCCAUUCCCAUUAACCUCAGGGUGUAUUCACCACAUGUGCUCAAUCUGACUUUGAUUGACCUUCCUGGUAUCACUAAGGUGCCAGUCGGAGACCAACCCCAGGACAUUGAGUACCAGAUCAAAGAUAUGAUUUUACAGUUCAUUAGCAGAGAAAGCAGCUUGAUUCUUGCUGUGACUCCAGCCAACAUGGAUUUGGCCAAUUCAGAUGCGCUCAAAAUGGCCAAAGAGGUUGAUCCACAAGGCCUACGGACAAUUGGAGUGAUAACCAAGCUUGAUCUGAUGGAUGAAGGCACUGAUGCCAGAGAUGUCCUGGAGAACAAGCUGUUACCGCUGCGGAGAGGCUACAUUGGAGUUGUGAACCGGAGCCAGAAGGAUAUUGAUGGUAAGAAGGACAUCAGAGCAGCACUGGGAGCUGAGCGCAAGUUCUUCCUUUCCCAUCCUGCUUACAGACACAUGGCAGACCGCAUGGGAACCCCCCACUUGCAGAAGGUCCUCAACCAGCAAUUGACAAACCAUAUUCGGGAGACUCUGCCAUCCCUGCGUAGCAAACUCCAGAGCCAGCUGCUGUCCCUAGAAAAAGAAGUGGAGGAAUACAAGAACUUUCGCCCGGAUGACCCUACACGGAAAACCAAAGCCUUGUUACAGAUGGUCCAACAGUUUGCUGUGGACUUUGAGAAGAGAAUCGAAGGCUCUGGAGACCAGGUAGACACACUAGAACUCUCAGGUGGAGCCCGAAUAAAUCGCAUCUUCCAUGAGCGGUUCCCCUUUGAGCUGGUCAAGAUGGAGUUUGAUGAGAAGGAUUUGAGACGAGAAAUCAGCUAUGCAAUCAAAAACAUCCAUGGUGUAAGGACGGGGCUCUUCACGCCUGACAUGGCUUUUGAAGCCAUAGUGAAAAAACAGAUUAUAAAGCUCAAAGAGCCCAGUUUGAAGUGUGUUGAUCUCGUGGUCUCAGAGCUGGCCAUGGUCAUUAAAAAGUGUACAGAGAAGCUUGGUUCCUACCCUAGGCUGCGAGAAGAGACAGAGAGAAUUGUUACUACAUACAUCAGAGAACGUGAAGGGAAAACUAAGGACCAGAUUCUCCUGUUGAUUGACAUAGAGCUGUCUUACAUCAACACUAACCAUGAAGACUUCAUUGGAUUUGCCAAUGCACAGCAAAGGAGCACCCAAGCAAAUAAGAAGAGGGCAAUCCCAAACCAGGUAUGGAUUCAUGUCAUCCGGCGAGGCUGGCUGACCAUCAACAACAUUAGCAUCAUGAAAGGUGGCUCAAAGGAGUAUUGGUUCGUCUUAACGGCAGAGAGUUUGUCCUGGUACAAGGAUGAAGAGGUUGAGGGAACACUGGAGCUGGGCUCAGUGGAGAAAGAGAAGAAGUACAUGCUGCCUCUGGACAACCUAAAAAUCAGAGACGUGGAGAAAGGCUUCAUGUCCAACAAGCAUGUCUUUGCCAUCUUUAACACAGAGCAAAGGAAUGUGUAUAAAGACUUGCGUCAGAUUGAACUCGCCUGUGAUUCGCAGGAAGAUGUGGACAGCUGGAAAGCCUCCUUCCUUCGUGCUGGCGUUUACCCUGAGAAAGACCAAGUGGAAAAUGAAGAUGGGGUUCAGGAGAACACUUUCUCCAUGGAUCCCCAGUUAGAGCGCCAAGUGGAAACUAUCCGCAAUCUUGUUGACUCAUAUGUUGGGAUCAUCAACAAAUCCAUCCGGGACCUUAUGCCAAAGACAAUAAUGCACCUAAUGAUAAACAAUGCCAAGGAUUUCAUCCACUCAGAGCUGCUGGCCUACCUAUACUCCUCCGCAGACCAAAACAGCUUGAUGGAGGAGUCCGCAGACCAAGCACAGCGCAGGGAUGACAUGUUGCGAAUGUACCAUGCCCUGAAGGAGGCCUUGCACAUCAUUGGAGACAUCAGUACCAGCACAGUUUCCACACCAGUCCCUCCUCCUGUGGACGACACGUGGCUGCAGCCAGGGAGCAGCGGGCAUAGCCCAACUCCACAGCGCAGACCUCCUUCUACUGUGUUACCACCAGGGAGACCCCCAGCUGUGAGGGGCCCCAUGCCUGGCCCUCCCUUGCUCCCAGUACCAGCAGCAGGCACUUCCUCUUUUGUGGCGCCACCCAUUCCUUCACGCCCUGGACCGCAAAGUGCAUUUGUUGCUAAUAAUGACCCUUUCUCAGCCCCUCCUCAGAUUCCUUCACGACCAGCACGUGUUCCUCCCAGCAUCCCUCCAGGCGUGCCUAGCAGAAGACCCCCUGCAGCACCGAACCGGCCUACCAUUAUCAGACCAGCUGAGCCCUCCUUAUUAGAUUAACCACAACCAUUGCCCGGCAGGGUGGGUGGGGGCAUUGCUUGUUAACUAUCUUGUGGAGAGAGCUCGUGCCUAAUCUCUUGUGUAAAAGAGCUCUUUGCAACUGAUCAACUGUAGCCAAGGCCCAUUUUCCCCAUCUCCCCUCCCCACAACAAUAGCACCACCACGGCAGCAGUCGUCCCGGCAUGGGUGCUGUGAGUCUGUGACCUGUAAAUAGCUCUGAGAGGCCAAGCAUUCCUUGAAGUAGUUCCCUCUCUGUCCCUGGGUCUUGGCUAGGGAAGGAUUUGGUGAUUAUAAUCUCCUCCUCUCGAAGGAGGAGGGAGGUUGGUUUCUUCUCCCUCUUCUUGAUGAUCACACCAGACCCAUUCCGCAUGGGAGCCUGGAAGAUUCUGUUUUGUGGAGUUGUUUUGCACUUUGUUGAAAAUACAGAAAGGAGCCCCCAAGAUGAGUGAUGGAUUGCCAAGGGAUUGCCUAUGAAUGUGUGAAAGUGGAGAAUUUGCAUUUCCACCAACACGUGUGCGUUUAGCACAUAGAAUCUCCUUUUGCUAUUCAUGUUGAUUGGACUUGACCACCUCCUCUCACUGCCCCCACCCCACGGAUUUCUUUGUACUAUCCCUUUUAGAUUGCCUUUCCUUUCGCCCUUUAAAUUUAAAUGCAAAAUUUGAUCAAUUUAUUUCCGUUUUAUAGCUUUGAAGAAAAAAAAUAUGAAAUGAUGGGACUGCAGAUAGCAAAUAGCUAAUAAAUCCAAUUCACUGUACUGGAGCAAGACUUUACCAAGCAGACUAAUUGGAAAGAGGAAGGCACUGGGUUGCUUUUGAGCCUCAGGUAUAAUGCUGGAUUGCAUGCCAUGCGAUUACACUUAAACAGAAGCAAUGAAGUUUGAUCUCAGCUUGUCAGUUGUGGCUUGGAUAAGUAUGAUUGGCGAUCCCUCUGACCUGGCCAAUGGCAGGGAUGUCUUCGUCAUUUCAGACAGUAGUACAAGCUGGCUGUGAUUGCCCCUCAUAUGGAGAAGUGGAUGAGAGAGAGUCACGGCUUUCAAGAGUUUGUCAGGGUUGUUUCCUCUACACGGAUCCUUUCUGCGGAAAGGCUUUCUCACCCUCUUGACAAGAGGGACUUUGCCCCAUGGAAGAAAUGUAUUCUUUCCUUAAGAUCAGCUGUACUGCUGCUUACCUCUGCCUUUAAGCUGAGGAAGGUCCUUCAUUGCAAACAGUGUACAGAAAUAGGUUGCAUGGCAUUAGUGCUGGAAGGGCCCACUAUCCCACAGAAAUGCCCAUAGGAGUCUGCCUCUCUCAAAAAGAAAUUUUGGGGGGUGGGUGGGGGUUGGGGUUGGCUGCUCCACCUCUGAGAGUUUGUGGAGCAACACUGGAGCCUUCUCAACAGGACGAGUAAAGCACUCUGCCCUCCCUGGGCUGUGGUUGUAUAUAUUUCUUCAUAAAGACAGACUGUAUUAAUACUUGUAUAAAUUCUAGAUUUAAAAAGAGAAGAAAAGAAAUAAUCAGUUAACUCCCCCCCACCCUACGCCUAUCAGGGAUACCUCAGCCCUUCCUGAGACAAGAUGUAAGCAAGAGCAACACGCACACCAUCUGCCUUAACUGAUUCCUUCCAGUGGCUUCUUCCCUUUUUACCUAACCUGGAGCAGGAGUUGCUUGCUUCACGUCCUGAGGAUAUGACCCUUCCAUAGACUGUGCUUACUUCGUGCCUUUACUGCUUGAAUCCUAUGCUGUCUGCCCUAAUAACCAGUGUUGCCUUCCUGUAAAUGUUCCUCUGCCUCCAAAGCCACUAUCAAGGGUUUUGACCCUCUCUUGAAGUGCAUUUCAUAACCUCCUGCCAUUUAUGCCCACUGGUCCCUUCUCCAAAAGCUGUCACUUUGCUUGGUAGCAUGGACAUCUACUUUAAUCCAUUUUGUUCUGAUACGUUCCUCUUGACCCUUCCUCUUACCAUAUGUGAAAGGGCUGUGGAGCCUUCUCUCCCUCAUCUUUAGAUUUAAAAGAUGUUCCCAGCAGUUUGAGAUAAGUGCCUCCAUUAUGUAUCCUAUUAAUAAACUAAAAUAAAGGGAAAUUCUGCUGGUGGAAAGUCUCUGGCAGCUUGUGA